AAAACAAAUUACACCAGUGAAAGUGAUUAGUAUGAAAAAAUUAUUUAAGUAUGUUUACUAUAUUUGUUUUUUAAUUUUUAUUAGAAACCACUAAAUCAGCGUAUAAAGUCAGACCUGCAGUUUCCGACUUUUAAUUUUCAACACUAAACACCGACUUAUUGUCAAAACUUCUUUGUUUGUUUUGGUUUUUAAGUUUCAACACAGAUUAAUCGUAGCUGUUACGAGUCGUGACAAUGGGAGACAAGCUAGUAGUAGCGGAGCCAGCAGAUAAGACUGGACCGCAACAGGUACAGAGAAUUUGGAAAAUUAUUGUAGUAGGUAACAUGAGCACUGGUAAGACUUCUAUCAUUGAACGGUACUGUGAUGGGAAUUUCAUCGAAAACCAUGGAUCUACAACAGGUAUAGAUUUUAAAAAGAAAACAAUCAAUUAUGAAAACAAAACCAUUGUUUUAAACAUUUGGGAUACUGCUGGAACUGAAAAAUAUCAAUCUUUAAUUAAAUUAUAUUACAGAGGAGCAAUGGGAUUAUUUAUUGUAUACGAUGUUACAAAUUUGAAUUCAUUAAACAACUUGGACACAUGGAUGAAAAAUAUUGAUGAUUUUGCUCCUUCAAAUGCGGUAAGAAUUUUGAUUGGUAACAAAUGUGAUCUGGAAUCAGACAGAAAGAUAUCAACUGAAGAAGGAAAACUGGUAGCUAAACACUUCGGAAUUCCUUUUUUUGAACUAUCAUCAAAAAACAAUAUAAAUGUAGAUGAUUCGUUUUUGAAAAUGAUUUCUAUGAUAAACGAGAUGGAAUAUAAAAUUACAAUUAAAAAUGAUUUUGUGAUUUUAGAAGAUCAACUAAUGCUUUGUGAUAAUAAAAACCCAUCAAAAUCAAAAUGUAACUGUUGAUUUGAGAAGUAAUUAUAAAGAAACCAUGAUAACAUUUAAUAUUUUUAAUAUUUUUAUAGUGACGUUUACUUAAGUUUUACUCAUUAGUUGUUAAUAUUUUAUAUAUCUAAAUAAAUAAAUAUUUUAUA